AUGUGUGAUUCCUCUGAUACUGACUGGGUUUCUGCCACAGGCGUGGAUGUGACGGCGUCCUCAGAUCAGAUGCGCACAGACACCAGGACUGACGAGGAAGAAAUGAGCAGCUUCUUCUCUCCCAGUGUUUCCUCCACACAUGAAGUGAAGCUGCUGUCUGCUGGACUCGAGAAUCCACACUGUAAACUGGAAACUCUGAAGCUGACAGGCUGUCUGAUCACAGAGGAAGGCUGUGCUUCUCUGGCCUCAGCUCUGAGCUCCAACCCCUCUCAUCUGAGAGAGCUGGAUCUGAGCUACAAUCAUCCAGGAGACUCAGGGGUGAAGCUGCUGUCUGCUGGAUUGGAGGACCCACACUGGAGACUGGACACUCUCAGGGUGGACCAUGGUGGAGAGCAGAGGUUAAAACCUGGUCUGAGCAAGUAUUUCUGUGACCUCACACUGGACACAAACACAGCACACAGAAACGUCAAACUGUCUGACAACAACAGGAAGGUGAGACAUGUGAGAAAGGAGCAGCCAUAUCCCGAUCAUCCAGAUAGAUUUGACUGCUGGGAACAGCUGCUGUGUAGAAAUGGUCUGACUGGUCGCUGUUACUGGGAGGUCGCGUGGAGAGAAGUUUCUAUAUCAGUGAGUUACAGAGGAAUCAGAAGGAGAGGGAACAGUAAAGACUGUGUGUUUGGAAUGAAUAAUCAGUCCUGGAGUCUCAACUGGUCUGAUGGCCGUUACUCUGUCUGGCACAAUAACAUAAGAACAGAACUCCAGCUCUCCUCCUCGUCCUUCUCUAACAGAGUAGCAGUGUAUGUGGACUGUCCUGCUGGCACUCUGUCCUUCUACAGAGUCUCCCCUGACACACUGAUCCACCUCCACACCUUCAACACCACAUUCACUGAACCUCUUUAUCCUGGGUUUGGGUUUCUGGUCUGGUUCCUCAGUGUUUCGGUGUUCCCUGUAGGAGGGGGACAACUUCCAGUCCUGUGGUUUAAAUGGUGGUGGACAAGGCUUCACUUUGGUUAACAAAUGGCUUACUGUUUGUGCCUUCAAGGUCAGAAAUGUGUUUUCUUAGAAAUGGUGAAAUGAUCUCCUCAGGGCUGAACUCGUGUACUUGGAGUGUGUGGACUUGGAGCAGCAUCUAGUAGCUGCUGAUGGCUUAAGAGCUUCUUGUUCACUUCAAUAAAGGUUUGAAGACAAAAACUC